AUGGGCCACCCCGACGCCCUGAACACCAUCGCCUACUGGUGGUGGUUCCUACAGGGGCUGCUGCUCCCUAUCCUGGCGAGCUUAGUCUCGGGGCCCAGCGCCCCUUAUGACGGCAACCCGGAUGAUGACGACGCCGGCGAUAACAACCCUGACUGUGACAGCCCUGACGAUGACAACCCUGACCGUGAUCUUGGCCCUGCGGGAACGACGAGCUAUUCAGUGAGCUUUCACCAACAGGUUACCAGUCUCACGGCAGAAGUGCGUCGCGUCAGUCAGCUGAUUGACGAAACAAAAGGCCGCAGCGAGGAAGAGGGUCGAGAAUCCCAGCGCACCGUUUCUCAGCUAGAGAGUGAGCUUGAGAGCGGCGAGAGGGGAGUGGAGGCUUUAGAGAGGGAGCUAAGGCAAGCAGAAGACACCUUGACGGAGAUGAAGACGGCCACGCAAGAGCUCUUUGACGUUCUGCAGUGUGACCCGCUACCCAUCGUGGCCAUUGUUGGCGGCGGGGAGAUAACAAGCAACAGCGUAUCCGUAUACUUGUCGGUGGUGGAGCAGCGCGUGCACGAGGUGCUACAGCUGCGUCAGGUGCUGCUGGCUGACGAGUUGCCGUCCGGCACCGCCCCCUUGGGGGAAGAAACGCAGCGAGAGGACGCGUCAGACCAAAGUGAGACGUCUCAGCCCAAGGUCAUUGUGCCUCUUGGCAAACCUCAGCUGCCCCACACCGCACACACCAAUGACGAGGAGUCCCCAAACGGCGGCCCACUCACUCACGGGGACAUUCUCUCCAACAUGAGGAGGUUCAUACCCGAUUCUUCCGACCACUAACAUCACUUCAGCGCAAAGAAAAAACAAUAUUACAAGUCCUGUGUCUGAUCAUGAGACGUAAUAUAAAGGAGGUUUGAUAAUGGGGGAGUCGAAAAUUACCCACUCUAAGUAAAGCUAGUGCCAGCUUGAUUCCAUGAGCUGAUUGGUGUAUUAAUGGAAAAAAGUUAAAUAAUCCCG